AUGAGACUUCGAAGCUCAGGGUUCCUUAAGUGGUCGUCUCUCCCUACAGAGAUCCGCCAUCUCAUUCUAAACACGAUAGCCGACCUCAAAAAUCCACGUUGGGCUGAAUUAGCUUCAGUUUCUAAAGAAUGGCAAAGUGUCAUCGGAGCAAGGAACAUGGCCAAGCUAAAACUCCAAUCGUUAUCCUGCUUCGACAGGUUCAGGAACGUUGUUCGACAGAGACACCUUGUAAGGCAUAUUUAUCUUUGCAUUGAGCUACCAAAGUAUAAGUGUAGUAUUUGCCAGGACCGUUCUGAUCGACUCAGGGGCAUCGACUCUGUUGUGAGUUAUGCAAUUGCUGAUGUUCUGACGGUCCUGAGCACGUGGGACACACAAGGUCCUUUGACACUGGAACUAAACGCGACCUCUGGUAGUGAUACGGAGCACUGGGCUAAGAACUUUCGGUUCGAUGACAGCCACGAUGCAAGUAGCCAAGACUUGACUUUGGUAGAGCCUGAUUGGCAUGACCCCAAGCAUGGUUGGGUAGACGGCGUCCAGGUCAACCCCCCCUCUUUCUUUGCUUUGCAGCAGGUGUUUGGGGUUGUUGAAAUGCAUUACGGAUCACCUAGUCCUGUCACUGCAGUCACCAGCUUGAUGAUCCGCCGCCAAUUCCGCCGUUGCCUUCUCCCCAGUAGCCUAAGCAGACUUUUGUCGCAACUCGUUUGUCUGACCGAAAUGAUCUACGAGCCAUGGAAACAUGAAUAUACAAACCUAGUUCCCUGGGGGUAUUUCGAGGCAAAGUCUAAGCAGCUGGGAUUCAUGGGUAUGCCUUUGCCUGACACACUCAAAAGACUUAUCGUGUUUCGACAUUCCGAUGAACAUAUCACACAAUCCAUUAAUGCAGAUACAAUGUACCAGUUGUAUCUAAGCACUCGCCGUCGGUAUAGAGAAAUCGACAGUACAUCCAACAACAGUCAAAAUCUAGCUCAGACAAGCUUGAGACUCGAACAACUUUCUAUCUCGUUUCUUAUUGAUGCCGAGGACUUUCUCGCAGCCUGCAGGGAAGAAUGGACGUGGGAUCACCUGCAGUCACUAGCCCUGACCUUCCAGGGAAGUGGAAAACGCCACGAGAAGAGCAUCAACAGUCUGCUGCUAUCCACAGCGAAACUUGCAAUGCGCAUGCCGAAGCUGGAAACUACGGUGCUUUGGAGUGGGGGCCGGGGAAGCUCGUGUGCGUUCAUCUACACCAGAAGUAAGUACUACGCCCGAGUGGUAUGGCGAGGGACAUGGAACCUGAAAAUUAGCCUGGACGUUCUGGAAGCAUGGCAAGAUGUUGCCAAGAUUCAUUCUUUGGAGCUUAGGGUUGGGCAUGAACGUAUCAAAGAGCUAAUCAACAAUUACGGAGAUGCUAUCUAUCAUCUCAACCUGCCCUGCAAAGUUGUUGAACCUACAUCGCUUUGGCAAAUGCGAAUAGAAGGGGCUUGGAGACAUGGGCAGGAAGGGUAA